AUGAUUACUCUCACAAAAACAGCAGUUUACACCGAACAUUGUCGAAGUAGUGUGACUGACGAAUCGUUUUUAACCGUCGGUUCAUCUGUUGUUGACGUUCCCGGUAUUAAUUCAGCACCACCAUCCCCAAGUUUAACUAUGUCUAUAUCUGAUUCCCCAACAAUAAAGAAAAAAUUAUCAGGAUCAUCAUUAAAUAAUUCAUAUGAGGAUGAUUCAUAUUCGUCAUUAAUUGAGAAUUCAUCAAUACAUAGUGGAAGAAAAACUUCUUUAUCUUUAAAUCUUUUCAAACCUUCCUUAGCUGAUUAUAGUAUACCGAUUCCUCCAUUUAACGUCGAAGAUAAUACUCCGAUUGUAUCGCCAAUAUCUUCAAAUUCUUCACAUCCGGAGACAUCUUCGCAAUCACCAUCGUCAAUUGUAACGGAUUAUUUUAUUCGAUUGAUGCCAUUUGCUAAUCAAGUUGGAGGUCACACAUCAUUUUUUAGGUUUUCUAAAAAGGCUGUAUGUAAACCUCUAGUACCCAGAGAGCACCAAUUUUAUGAAAUUUUAGAAAAAUUGCAUCCAGAUCUUUUACCCUUUGUACCUCGAUAUCUCGGAGUCCUUAAUGUCACUUAUCGAUCUCAGAAUGGUGAAUUAGGGUCAAUGCCCGAAGUAGUAUUCAAACAAAAUAAACAUUUACUACCAGAAUGGAUGCUUAAUAAAGUGAAUUCAUUAGACAAGAGUGUAGAUGAUGAUCACUGUUCAGAUAAGGAGAACGAAGAUAAUGGUGUUUCUUCUGGUGUGAGUUUUAAAGGCUUAUAUUCAUCAACCACAAAGAUUAACAAACAAUUAAAGGAAGAAGUACUUAGUGAGGUGUUUUCACCGAAAGCACUACGAGCUCGUAUGCGUCAAGUAAGAUCCUUAGAAAAAGAAUCAUCUAUGAAGAGGAGGCAUUCAAUGAUAAACAUUUCUGCUCUAAAGAAAUCCGAUUCUGACAUUAAAUCGGAAAUGUCGAGGAGUUUAACAGAUAUUAGUCAUAUCAAGAAUAAUCCGAAAAAAUCUCGUUCCACCUCAUUGAGAGAAAAUUUGUUGUGUAAAAAAAGUACAAUCGUUUCUCCAAUGUUCGAUGAUCAUGAUGACGUUUCCUCUAAUGAAUUUUCAGAACAUUGUGAAAUGCACAACAUUUAUCAGGAAUCAACCUCUGCGUUGAAAGAAAAUCAAUCAAUUUCUUGUCAAAACUUGAACGUUCAACCUUCUUUAUCUCCAAAGAUAACACCCCAGACCCUCUCAGAAUCUCCAACAAUCUUUAAAAUGGAAAUGUUUGAAUGUGCAACAUCACUAGACACUUCUACGAAUCUUCAUCGUCGUCCCUCCAAGAGGCAAAAGGCGAACAAUCCAUGGUCGUUGCAUUGUUAUUCCACUCAACUUUCCAAACUACAAAACUCUAAUAAUGAUUUGGACCAAGUUCAACAAUUCGUCUUGCUUGAAGAUCUCACGGCGGGAUUAAAGUACCCUUGUGUUUUAGACCUCAAAAUGGGUACUCGCCAACACGGAAUUGAUGCUUCACCAGAGAAACGCAAGAGCCAAAUGAAGAAAUGUGCAAAGACCACAAGUAAAACGUUGGGGGUAAGAAUUUGUGGUAUGCAAGUAUACAAGACUACCACACAUAGCUUUAAAUUCCAGGAUAAAUAUUAUGGUCGAUUCCUGAACCCAGAUACUUUCCAUAAUGCAUUAAAGGAUUUUAUCCAUAAUGGAAGCAAAUUAUUGGUUCAUCAGAUUCCUGUCAUUCUUCGUAAACUCCGAAAGUUGGCUAAAAUUAUAAGGAGUCUUGAUAACUACCGAUUUUAUGCAAGUAGUUUAUUAUUGCUGUAUGACGCUGAUGAGAAUAAUCCACGUGACAUAGACAUUAGGAUAAUAGAUUUUGCUCAUUGUACCACGGGCAAUGAUUAUCUUCCCAGUGAAUCUAGAUAUCCACCAAAUGAAGGUCUUGAUAAGGGAUAUUUAUUAGGGUUAAAAAAUUUAUGUAGAUCAUUUGAAACCAUAUAUAAAGAUUGUUGUGGAAUAAUGCCCGAUGUUGGUGAAAAAGAAGAUGAUGUAUUCUCUGACAUUUGUUCUUAUGACACAUUGGGAUUUCCUGAAACGAAAUCUCAACAAAAUCCCGAGUUUUCUGAAUGA